GCGGCGGCAGCGGCGGCAGCGGCAGCAGCGGCGGCGGUAGCGGCGGCGGCUCCGGCUCCUCUCACCGGAUCCGGGCCCCGUGCAGCGCGCACCCGAGGGGGGUCGGGCGGGGAAGCGGCGCCAGCCCGGACCCCCCCGCGGGAGCAGGCGGCGGGCGAGAAGGCGAGGCAGCGGCACACAGGGAGCAGCGGCUGCCGGGAUAGCGCUUGCAACCUUUGCUCAAGUUCUUCACCGUGAAUUUGUUGUGUGUCAGACUGGACAAGGUAUCUUAGUUGAGGCUUCAUUUUUUGAAAAAUUCAAGGGAAUACAUUCCAAGACACCCAGUGGAUCCUCCAAACUGCAGACUACUGCAAAGAAGGUGCUUUUAGAGCUGGAGAUGUGAAUACGACUCCUGUGCCAGAGAUCAUUAAUCAUCCUGAGGAUCCCGCCAGGAUACCACAUUACAUUUAGUCAUCAUGUCUCCUUAGGCUCCUCUUGCUGUGACAGUUUCUCAGACUCAUUGUUUUGAUGACCUUGUCAGUUUUGAGGAGAACUGAUCAGAAAAUGAAUGCGGUGUUAGAAGAUCACUACUAUUGGAAGGCUGGUUAGCAUCGAUUUCCUAACAGAUACUUGACCACCAUUUGUUCUGGCAUGGCGCAAAGCAGUCCGCAGCUUGAUAUGCAGGUUCUCCAUGACCUCCGACAACGUUUCCCAGAGAUUCCAGAGGGUGUUGUGUCUCAAUGCAUGUUACAGAACAACAACAAUCUUGAAGCCUGUUGCCGAGCCCUUUCCCAGGAGAGUAGCAAAUACUUAUAUAUGGAAUACCAUAGUCCAGAUGACAACAGGAUGAACAGAAAUCGCCUUUUGCAUAUUAAUCUGGGUAUCCAUUCUCCUAGUAGCUACCACCCAGGAGAUGGAGCACAACUUAAUGGUGGUCGAACACUGGUACAUAGCUCAAGUGAUGGACAUAUUGAUCCACAGCAUGCAGCAAGUAAACAGCUGAUAUGUUUAGUUCAGGAACCACACUCAGCUCCAGCUGUUGUGGCUGCUACUCCGAACUACAAUCCAUUUUUUAUGAAUGAACAGAAUAGAAGUGCAGCUACUCCUCCUUCACAGCCACCUCAACAGCCAUCUUCCCUGCAAACAGGAAUGACUCCAUCUGCUAUGCAAGGGCCUUCAGCACCGCCGCCACCACCUCCUUCAUACAUGCACAUACCUCGGUAUAGUACAAAUCCGAUUACUGUUACAGUAUCCCAAAACCUCCCUUCUGGACAGACUGUACCAAGAGCUUUACAAAUUCUUCCACAAAUUCCAAGCAAUCUCUAUGGGUCUCCUGGUUCUAUUUAUAUUAGACAGACAUCUCAGAGUUCAUCAGGAAGACAAACUCCUCAGAGUACACCUUGGCAGUCCUCACCACAGGGCCCAGUGCCUCAUUAUAGCCAACGUCCUUUACCUGUUUAUCCACAUCAACAGAACUAUCAACCUUCUCAGUAUUCUCCUAAACAGCAGCAGAUUCCUCAACCUGCUUACCAUUCACCACCCCCUUCUCAGUGUCCUUCACCCUUCAGCUCUCCACAGCAUCAAGUGCAACCUUCCCAGUUGGCCCACCCAAGUUCCCACGUCUUUAUGCCACCCAGUCCUUCAACUACUCCACCCCAUCCAUAUCAACAAGGACCUCCUAGCUAUCAGAAACAGGGAAGCCAUUCAGUAGCCUAUCUCCCAUAUACAACAUCUAGCUUACCCAAAGGAUCCAUGAAGAAGAUAGAAAUUACAGUUGAACCCUCUCAAAGACCUGGGACAGCAAUUAAUAGGAGUCCUUCACCUAUCAGUAAUCAGCCGUCUCCACGAAAUCAGCACUCACUGUACACAGCCACCACACCACCUUCAAGUUCUCCUUCAAGAGGAAUAUCCAGUCAACCAAAACCUCCAUUUAGUGUUAAUCCUGUGUAUAUUACAUAUACACAGCCAACUGGACCUUCAUGUGCUCCAUCACCAUCUCCUCGAGUGAUACCAAACCCAACUACCGUUUUUAAAAUCACUGUAGGUCGAGCAACGACUGAAAAUCUUUUAAAUUUAGUGGACCAAGAAGAACGCUCUGCAGCCCCAGAACCUAUUCAGCCUAUUUCAGUGGUACCAGGCUCUGGGGGAGAAAAGGGAAGCCAUAAAUACCAGAGGAGUUCUAGUUCUGGAUCAGAUGACUAUGCCUAUACGCAAGCCUUGCUGUUACAUCAGCGAGCAAGGAUGGAGAGGUUAGCAAAGCAGUUGAAACUUGAGAAAGAGGAGCUAGAGCGGUUGAAGGCUGAAGUUAACGGUAUGGAGCAUGACCUGAUGCAGAGACGGCUCAGAAGGGUCAGCUGCACCACUGCAAUCCCCACGCCUGAGGAAAUGACAAGAUUGAGAAGCAUGAACAGACAACUCCAGAUAAAUGUUGACUGUACACUGAAAGAAGUUGACCUCCUUCAAUCUAGAGGAAACUUUGAUCCAAAAGCCAUGAAUAAUUUUUAUGACAACAUAGAACCUGGCCCAGUUGUACCACCCAAGCCAUCUAAAAAAGAUUCGUCAGACCCUUGCACAAUUGAGAGGAAAGCCCGAAGAAUUAGCGUGACCUCCAAAGUACAGGCAGACGUCCAUGACACCCAGGCAGCAGCUGCUGAGGAGCAUCUAACUGGCUCCAAACAGAGUCCCCGGACGCAACCCCGCGAUGAAGACUAUGAGGGGGCCCCAUGGAAUUGUGAUAGCUGCACCUUCCUGAACCACCCCGCACUGAACCGUUGCGAGCAGUGCGAGAUGCCACGGUACACUUGAACUUCGAAGAGUCUGCAUCGACUUGAGAGCGAAACUGGGAGCACCCACAAGAAGAAAAGGAAGCCUUGGGAGUCUGUGCAUCUGCCCAGCCUUUUCAUUUCCAAUUCCACCUGGGGAGGAGCAGUGCCCCUGGAGGGCUUGUGCUCAUUCAAGAAAAAUGGGGAGUUCUCUGUGUUUAGUGUUUUUGUUUUUUUCCUUUCUUAACUCAUUGCAGAGUGAGAUAGAAAGGGAUACUUGAAACUGGGAAAGGAUUCACUCCUGAAAGAAUGUACACAUAGAAGUCAAAAGCUCUUCUGUGGAAUCCCAGUUAAAGUUACUGCUGAGUGGCCCUUACUUUAUAAACUAGAACUUUAAAUCAUGGUGUGACAUGUGACAGCUUAUACAGACAAACUGUGAAUUCCUAGAGCAGACUUACCUGGUCAUAGCUCUCUGGAAAACCAAGGUUCCCCAUGCUUCUUCCCGUUGUUUCCUACUGAAGGAGGACAGGAAAAAGCACCCAGAAUAGGACCUUAAUUUUUUUUUUUUUGGGGGGGGGGCAAAAUAAUAAGGGUCUUUGUAAUUGCUGCUUUUUUCAGAGGUAAUUUCAAACACACAAUGGCUUAAAAUGUGAUUUGUAGCAGUCAGGAAUUAGGCAUAUCAUGCCCUUCAUUCAAAAGUACAAUCAGAGGUGAUAAAAUCAUUUUUCUUGUACAAUAAUGCAUCGAGCUAAAUCAACACUGGUAACUAAGACCUAAUUAUGCCACAUUAAUAGAUAUAAUUUUUAAGUUACUGCAUGCUUUUAUUAGGCCAUUGGCUUUAAAAAUAACAAGUCCUUACCAAGUACGAUUUUAUGAAUGACCUUCUCGUAAAACUGCGCUUUGCCAAUAGCACAGUGAAUGUAUGCCAAAUGUAAAUCCAUUCCAAAAUCCAUUCGGAAAUCUUGAGCUCAGCUGUGGUUCUGUAAGAAAUGUUUGCAGUCCAUAGGGGCCUUUUUUCACCUCCUUCCAGUUUUGUGAUGAGUUCACGAUGUUUACAGCACAGUGUUUUGUGCCAGAAUCCUAACUUAGCUGAAAAAACAAAAACAAAACAAAAAAACCGACAUUAGCUGUUCAAUACAGAUUGAUUUGCACACGUUAAUAAACCAGUAUAAGGGAAAUUACAGUUGGCCAAUAUCAUAAAAUAGUACACUGCGUUGUUACUUGGGAAGAAGAGAAGGCUAGUCAAGGGAUAGGAUUAAGAGAAAGGUGAAUACAAAGGACUUUAAAACUAAGAACUGUUUAAAUUUAACAUACUGUAUUCAGAGAUAAUUACUAAGUUUGUUCAGGUGAUACUAAAGCACUCCCUGUUUAUGAAACCCCAACUUUAGGGUAUGAAUAAUGAAGAGAUAGAAAGUCCUGUGACUCCUAAAGGUGUACCACUAGAAAAUUAUUAAUAGGACAUUUAUUUAAGGUCUCUAUCACUGUUGAAUUUCCGUCCUAGCUCAGAAUUGGAUUUUGGAAUCUUCCCAUUACUUGGGUGAAUAUAAACAGCAGUAGAAUCAAGGUUUCUGAUCCUAACGGAUUUUACCAGACGUUUUAAUUUGAGGAAUAUCCACUCUCACAUACCGUGUUCUCCCCCCCACCUCCCCCCGCCCACACUCACACACUCUUGAAGCUGUCAUUGUAUUAUUCUACUUUAGAAGUGAUAUCUGGCAGACCUGGAAAAACAAGCUGCACUUAAUAGUAUAAUGAAACCAAAGGCAUAAUAACUCAUCAUCAUUUUCCAUCAAAAGCAUCUAAUUUCACACUCGACCUACAGCUUUGAAAAUGUUUUUUCCAAUGUGGAAAAUCCACGCCACACCCCACCCCCCCAUCCACUUGUUUCACAAAAGUAUGCGUGGCUAUGUGAUGACACUGAUAAAACAUCUCAUAUAACUGUGAAAAUAAUGGUAAGAAAACAGAUGGGCUUAAAAGCAUUGACCUGAAAACAGCCUUCUUUUAAAGGUUUCUGUGACACUGGUAUGUCUCUCCAGUAGCCGUCUCUCAGUCCUGCUGUUGUGUAAUACGCCAAUGCCUUCGCCUUUGUAUGGUUUCGUAUCUCUCGUGAUGAUCAACCCCACUUGGUAUUAAAUAACAAUUUAGGGGAAAAAUAUAUAUAUACUGCUUGGUGUUCUAGCUAAAGGUUUACCAGUAUUCUUAGAUAUGCUGAAAUGGCAGCAGUUAACUUGGCACUUGUCAGUUGAGAAUGAAAGUAGCAUGUAUGGAAACAGUUGGAUGCUUUAUUAAAAGCAUGUAGAUGACUUUACAACUAUUGCAUGAACAUACAUCCAGGUUAAUAAGCUGUUAACAUACAGUAGAUGCAUGGUUCCAGUCCAUUGGUGAUCUAUCUAGUAACUCAUUAUUUUCACCUGCCAGGAAAAAGAAGAAACCAGUCUCUUUGAUAGGUGUAGAGGGUGGAGUAGGAGACAUCAGAGCUGGGUUUUAAAGAAGUUUCCUAGGUCUUCAUUUCUGGUUGUACACGAGUUUCAUAUGCCAACAUAGGCUGUAUUCAGUUUUUAAAAUAAGAAAAAUUGUUUUUUACACUGACAAAUUUGGUAUGUUUAACUGUGUCCCCAAUAUAGACUUCUUGCCCAUAACCACUUUGUAUAAGAAUACAGUCAACUUUCAAGGUGCCUUUUCAAAAGGAUCUCCUGGUCAGAUUGAUGUGUGCGCACAGUUGGCAUAGAAGCGGGAGGAUAGAAAUCGGGUGCUGCCUGUCUGCUGAGGUACUUAUGCUCUUUGGGUCAGUUGGUGCACUUGGUGUUUUUAGUAAAAAGAUUUUUUUUCUUAAAACAUGACUAGUUUGAUGUAUCUGGUAACACAUAGGCCUGACUAUACAUGUUACACUAUUUCAUGGUUUUGUAAACUGGGUUUUUAGAAAGCACAUUUGCCGUUUUGUUAAAAGUACAUUACCCCUUAACUUUUGGAGUGGGUCAGAAGAGUUUUAAAGUGGGAAUAGAGCCAGCAGCUUUCUAAGCACUGUAAAAUGUUUGGAAUUGACAAUGACCUUGUAUGGGAGAGCAAAGAGGCAGGGGGUUUUAAAGAAACUAAAGAACUGCAUUGUAGGAAAGGUAGUUUUAGAGAAAGGAUGGUGGGGAAAGUGUUGCUAAUUUGUUUAUUUCCCUGAAUGAAAUGGAAAGUGUGAUGAGCAGUUUAAUUUUUUAAGGAGCUGGUCUCAAUUUUAGUACUUUUUAAUUAUUAAAAGAAAUUAUCGUUUCCGUAAAUUUUGUCAUUGUUUUGUCCCAGUUAUCUAGGGUUCAUAUCCAACUUUGUGGCAACUCAAUUUUAUAUAGUAUUUUAAAAGAUAAUUGUAAUGUCUUUGACAGUAUAAGCAAAAAGCAAAGGUAUAAGGCAUAGAAAAAUUGUCCUUUGAAAAUAUCGGUGACAUAUCCUGGAAUGUGAAGAUGUUCCUUCAUAGUUAAAAUUGAUUUUAAUAUUGUAACCACUGUUCAGACUUUGAAUGAAUCCAUGUUACAGUUGUGUGUCUGUAUAUUGGUCGAGUAAGAAAAAUGACCAUUGAAAUGUUACUAUAAAAAAACAGAAUAAAUUCGGCACUGUCUGUUGCACCA